GUAUAAUCUUAUAUAUAAAAUUCUCGUGUCACAAAGUUAGUCUCCAAACUCCUCCGAAACGGCUCGACCGAUUCCUCUGAAAUUUGGUAAGCAUAUUGAGUAGGUCUGAGAAUCGGCUAACAUCUAUUUUUCACACCCCUAAAUAAUAAGGGUGGUCCACCCCUCAAAUUUUUUUUUCAUUUUUUCGACAAAAUUUUUUUUAUUUAUUUUUUUAUGAUACGAUAUUCAAAAAUACAUACAACCCUAAGUUUUUGCCCUUCUAUCACCAACCCCUAUUUUUUAUUAAUCAUUUUAGUAAUUUAAUUAAUUUUUAAAAUUUUCCGCGCUUUUACUCUGGAUACUCAUUGGCCAGACUAUAUCGGUGUAACUACCCAGUGAACAACGCGGAGUGGGGAUGAGACCGAAGCCGGUCUCCUGUUUCUCUCACUCCCUCCACAGUUGUCGGCCAUCAUUAAUGUUUAUGUGUGUCAUCAAACUUAGUAGUGACGUUUACUGUCAGUGUAUCUCUCAUUAUUAAUUAUAAAUAAUACUAAUAAUAACUCUCUUAAAUUAAUUAUACAAUUAAUUAAUUAAUAGUAAAUUAAUAAUAUAAGAUAAGAUAAUAUAAGAUAGAAUAAUAGAACCUAAAAAUAUUCAACACGUGUCAGGGGUCCCUACCAACAACGACUUUUGUGUUGUUCGAACAAUGCCACGAAAACGCAAAGGCGCUGAUUUGAGCCGUAAUACAAGUAAAACCAGAAGCAAGAGAAAUUUAAGAUCCGAAAGAUCUGAAGAAGAAAUCCAGCAAGAAACUACUGAUGCACGUGUAAGCAUGGCGCGAUUGCGUCAAGAACAAUCUGAAGAUACACGAGCUGAACGCAAUGAAGUGAUAAGAUUACAACAACGACAAUCACGCCGAUUCACAGCCAAUAGACGCAGAACAAACGACCAGCAACGCCAACAGGUACACCGAGCAUUUACAUCUGAUUUAUUCCUGCGGCUAGCAUUCCACUAUGAGCCUGAUGUGGAAUAUUAUGCCCAUACAAAAGUGGUGAUUGGUGCUAUGGACAAAGAAUGUUCAAAUUGUCAUGCUCUUAAAUUUAAAAACGAGCCAGCUGGGAUGUGCUGCGCGUCAGGAAAAGUUCAACUACCCGACAUUGAAACACCACCGGAACCAUUGAACGGUUUACUUAUCGGCACGGAUCCAGAUUCUAACGUGUUCUUGAAGUCCAUUCGAACAUUCAAUUCAUGCUUUCAAAUGACAUCGUUCGGAGCAACAGAAAUAGUUCGAAAUACUAAUUCACUUGGUCAACAAUACAAUUCUACAUUUAAAAUUAGAGGCCAAGUUUAUCAUAAAAUAGGCUCAUUACUGCCAAUGCCAAACGAAGCACAUAAAUUUUUACAAAUCUACUUUAUGGGCGGCGAGGAUUCCGGAAGCGCACUUGCCAAUCGUGUGAAUGCACGUUGUGACUAUAACAACCUUGAUUCAUUUUUUGCCAAACGCAUCGUAAGCGAACUGGACGCUCUACUGAAUGAGCACAAUGAAUUGUUGAAAAUAUUCAAAUCACACAUGCAUAAAUUACAAAACGAUAACCACGCUAUUGUCAUUAAUCCUGAUAAAACACCAGCUGGAGAACAUAUUCGUAGAUUUAAUGCACCUGUUGUUGACGACGUUGCGGGAAUCAUGGUUGGCGAUUGUACAGGCACACGAGAAAUUGUGGUUCGUAGAAGGAGUAAUAAUCUUCAGUUCAUUGCUGAUACACAUCGCUCAUAUGAUGCUCUCCAAUAUCCGCUAAUUUUCUGGAAGGGACAAGACGGAUACUGCAUAAAUAUCAAACAACGCGAUCCCGUAUCAGGUACUUCAUUCAUUUUAAAGUUGAUUACUAAUUAAAAAAAAAAAAAAUUAUUUAAUCUAAUAUUUAAAAAUAUAUUAUUACAGGAGCCGAAACAAACAAGAACGUUAGCCCGAAAGAUUAUUAUGCGUACCGAUUGAUGAUUCGACGCGGCCGGGACA